GCGUCAGCCUGUACCAGCCGUGCGUAACUGUGGAUGUGAAGUGGAGGGGCACCGAGCUCUCCGGCAGGUCGUUACUCAGAGCGCCUUCCUUCCUCCGCCGGGCCCUAAUAUGGAGCUUGGGGCUUAUAAAUACCACAUAAAUAGUUCUCCAAACAAUCAAGUCAAAAGGUUCCCGGAUCGCGCAAGAACCUAAACGGGGGCACAGCUGAGAUCCGAACAUGAACGUCGCAGCGGGGCUGUUUGUGUCGAUGCUUGUUUUCCUCCUGGGGAAAGAUGCGGGAGCAGCGCGGAACAGCGGCUACUGUAUCGGGAACUCGUGCUUCACCCUGUUCCAGGACCUCCGCACUUUCAGCUCAGCGCAGUGGCUCUGCAGAAACCAGGACAGCAACCUGAUGACGGUGCGGACCUCUGUGUCCAGCGACGUGCUCUCCGUCCUGCUGGGAAAUCUGACCGGCAGCUUCUGGAUCGGCUUGCACCGCCCGAGAGGCUGUCCGGACCCGUCAGAGGAGCUCCGAGGCUUCCAGUGGGUAACCAAGGACACCAAGAGCGACUUCAUCAACUGGCAGCCGGACCCGGACGACAGCUGCUCCGCCGCUGGCUGCGUGUCCGUGAACGGAGGGGAGAACUUUAAAUGGACCCAGACCCCAUGCAACCUGCUCGCAGAGGGCUUCCUCUGCGAGAACGUUUUCACCGACCCCUGCGCUAACCUGCCGCACACAGCGCAGCAGUCUGUGCUCUACUUGACUCCCUACGGGUUCGAGGUGGAGGAUAUUCAGUCCUCCACUCUGCCGCGUGGAAGUAUCGCCACCCUUUUCCCGUCCAAGACCAAAUACAUCUGCGGCCCCUCCACGAAGUGGCUGCGGGCUCCUUGGGGCUGCGAGAUAAAAGAAGGCGGGUGUGAAUACAAAUGCACCGUGGACCACAGCAGCACUCCCGUCUGCUACUGCCCGCUGGGCGAGACCGUGAACCCGGCUAACGGAGUCUCGUGCCAGGCGCAGGACCCGGACGACCCCUGCGCGGCGCUGCGCUGCCAGCAGAUCUGCUACGAGGCCGGAGGCCGGCAUCAGUGCGGCUGCGAGAGCGGCUACAAGUUGGUCGACGGCGCGUGCGAGGACACGGACGAGUGCACGCUCGCGCCGUGCGAGCACGAUUGCACCAACACUCCUGGAAGCUACGUGUGCUCGUGCUUCGAGGGGUACAGGGUGGACGAGAUGGAUCCGCACAAAUGCAAGCGGCACUGCGGGAAGCAGGAGUGCCCCGCGGAGUGCGACCCCAACGACAACUUCCAGUGCUUCUGCCCGGACGGCUACGUGUCGGAGGAAAGGGGGGUCUCCACCUUCUGCAUAGACAUAGACGAGUGCGAAUAUUUUUACUGCGAACACGAGUGCCGCAACACGUACGGCGGGUACAUGUGCUCCUGCCCCCCCGGUUUCGAGUUGGUGAAUGAAUACAAGUGCAGAGUCAGCGACAGGUCCACUCUCAGCAUCCCCACGUCGCCCACAGACCCACACCCCGACCCGACCGGGCGGCCCCCCGCGGUGACGGUUGGGGGUCUGGUGGGGAUCAUAGUGAGCACGGUCUUCGUGGUCGUGCUGGCCGUUUUUGCGGCGCACGUGCUGCUCCUGCGCAGAGGGAAGAAGGAGGGGAGCGCCGGGGGUGAGAUCAAAGAGACCGAAGACGGUGUGCGCGGCUCGCAGCUGCCCGGCGACAGCCGCACGGACAAGGUGGUGUAGGAGAGAGACGCUUUUGGACGAGAGGCGCGAAUGAAUGAAGAAGUCUGGCAGGAUGCAGCUCAGGUAGAAGAGUAAAUGAAGCGGCAAACGGUUUACAAAAAAUAAAAAAUAAAAAAAAAAACAGUCCAGCCCAACUCAUUCACAGCCUCCGAGAUGUAAUAAAGCGACAAAAGAACUGUUUACAGUUUGUAUUUUUUUUUACUUUGGUAUUAAAAUGUAAUAUGAACAAGUAAAA